AUGGAGCUGCCUUCAAUAAAUAGCACCACAAGUAUAUCCGACAACCAGGAGUUAAGGAAUUACUAUGACAAGUUGCUGUUCAAGAACAAUAGUGGCAAGUCGCUAGCGGAUUUGCCAGGAAAAAUGGCAGAUUUUAACGACAACAGCGCUGCUGCGCAUCCCCGCUCCAGAGUUGACUUUAUCAACGGUUACAUCGGUUUCAGAGAGGAUAAGCAGUCUCUUCUGGGGCAGAAGAACACUAAAAGGGCCUCGUUCAGCGCAUUUGCGGACGAAGGAAGGAAACAGAGCGAGAUGAGCAUUAACGGGAAGAGCCCUAAUUUGUCUCUUUUCUCAUUUGAGUUUAACGGCACCCCGACUCAGGACAGAAAGCCAUACAAACAGGAUUACUUGAAUGUGAUGAACACUUCGCCUAACAAUAUUCUUUCUCCCUUAAACAACAGCUCCCAAAAAUACUAUCCACAGAAACAGCAGCAGCAGCAGCAGCAGCAGCAGCAGCAACAGCAACAAAGCAUCUUUGACCCGGGAAGAAGAUCUUCCUAUAUUUCUGAUGCGCUGAUUCAUGGCAAUGCGGCUACCCAGCAACCACAAUACUCGCAACCUGUAUAUAUUAACAACAACCCAUCUUUGCAAGUACCAUACACUGCUCCUUCCGAGUAUACUCAGCAGCAACAGUACUCGUCACCCUUCAAUGCUAGGCGCAACACCCAGCCAGUGCUGAACUUGCAUCCGGCAGCCGCUCCCACAAACGAUGCCGGAUUGGCGGUUGUCGACGGCAAGAAUUUGACGUCAUCCAAGGAGCUGCAUGACUUAUAUCUUGACUGCGGGUCAAACUAUUUUGCUAGUGAUAAAGUUUAUAAAUUUAUUGACAGCAUAAAGGGAACUUUACGCGGGGAUAAUGUCUCCGCCUCCAGUUCCAGGAUUAUAGAGUUUUUGGAUUUUUUGAAAAAUUGUAAUCUGAAUUACAACCCACAGUCUGACGCAUUCAUCUCCACUGCUGUUUCAAACGCUUCGUCGACCGGGGCGGCCAAAUCCAAGAACAGCACUUCAAUGCAUUUGCACUAUAAGCCAUUAGUGUUAGUAUCGUUGAAAAAUGGUAAGCUCGAACUGUUGUCUAAACCACAAACGGCCACACUUAUACUGAAAAGGGGCGAUUUGGUCAUUAUUGAUGGUGAUCGUGGUAAAGAUUUAGUUUUGGUGGUGGAACCGGUUGUAGAUAUAAAUUUGGCACUAUUUAUAAAUUUUUUGAAGAAAAAAAUUCACUUUGAUUCUCUAAUCACCAAUAGUCAACAGCAUUUCCCCAAUGACCAGUUUAUCAAGACUCUGGUUGAUACAACCAAUGGUAAGCCGGUCGCUCAUGAGUUGAAUCCGAAGUUAUAUGAUAUCAUUGAACUAACGCAAUUGAUCAUCCCAUCAAAGCAGGUUCUGAGAUUUGCCACCCCGUGGGAAUCCUCCACGAAUUUACACAACAAAUUCCAGGAUGAGCUAAAGGCUCUUCACAUUGCACAGCUAAAACUGAGGUCGCUAAAUAACAAUAACUCCGGUGGCGGGUUGAACAUCAAAAUAUUGAAUGCAGAGUUCCAAUUCGACAGAAAGAAAUUGACUUUCUACUACAUUUGCCAGGAGCGUAAUGAUUUCAGAGACCUGAUCAAAGAACUCUUUAAGUUUUACAAAACAAGAAUUUGGCUUUGUGCUAUACCGAACAAUUUAUCGAUAGAUUCCAAAUUUUAUGAUUCAAACAAGUUUGAGUGGGAGAUGUAUCAGGAUAUGAUGUCCCACUAUUCCAUGGACAACACUGGAAUUGUCGUGGCCCCUGAACUGAAUCGCUUGAAACUGGACGACUUCCAGAUCGGUGUUUAUAUGGAAUUGGUGAAGGUUUUGUUCGGCUAA